GGGGGUUGGCCUCGGUGAUUUACACAGACACCCUCCAGACCAUCAUCAUGCUGAUUGGCUCUUUUAUUCUCAUGGGGUUUGCAUUUAACAAAGUUGGAGGUUACGAGAGCUUUACCAAGAAGUACAUGAAUGCCGUCCCGUCUGUAGUCGAGGGGGACAACUUGACAAUCAGUGCCAGCUGCUACACACCUCAGGAGGACUCCUUCCACAUCUUCCGAGAUCCUGUGACUGGGGACAUUCCAUGGCCCGGAAUUAUAUUUGCAAUGCCCAUUACAGCUUUGUGGUCAUCGUGCAGCACUGCCUGAGUGGCAAGGACAUGUCUCACGUGAAGGCCGCUUGCAUCAUGUGUGCUUACCUGAAGCUGCUGCCCAUGUUCCUCAUGGUGAUGCCAGGGAUGAUCAGCCGCAUCCUGUACACAGGUAAGCCCUGAAUCCGCAUGUUCUCUCUUUUUUUUAUGCUUGUAUUCUGAGAAGUGUUCUUAAAAUGUCAUAAAGCCUUGAGAAAAUCCAUUCUGGAUGGAAGUAAAAGCAGAAUUCCAGGUGGAGGGCACAGCCUGCACAGCGGUCAAAGGCAGGAAAACGUGGCAUAUUGGACGCACUGUUCCUUUAUCCUUUUCAUACCAUCUGCCUGUCUCAUAGACAUUUGAGUCUGUGAGUUCUGUCUUCAUGAGUUGCUUAGAUUUAAGGAAGUCCAGAGAAUAUGGCAAAACGACACUGCAGAAUGAGGUAGGAUUGGGUUAAUUUGAGUUGAGUGAGCUGUACUGUCUGAGUUUGGUGACAUCUCUGACUGAGAAGGUCUUGGUCCCUCUGAGAAAACUGGAGAACUGAAUCAGUUUUCACUGCUUUGGAAUCAGGCUGUUUGAGGAUAUGUAAAUUUCUGAGUCAGCUGAGAGUAACUGCUAGGGUUGAAUUCAACUUCCUUUAAUAUGAAAAGGGAAGAAAAUAUAACCAAAUCUUUCUUGACUUAUGAUGUGUUAUUAAUUCUCCCUUCUCUUCCAAUUGUAAACAUGUUUUCUUUAUUGGUUCUUACCAUUUAACAUAAAAGUAUACUCACCUUUAUUCUGUGGGGGGCGGGGGGAAAUGAAAG